GCUACUUCCUCUGAGACAAGACUCAGAAAAGCCUUUAAUGGCGUCAAAGUUCGGAGAUUCUAAGCUCUCCCGGCGUUUCGGCAACUACCGGCAAAGUUCUCUGUGAUCUCAGCCUUUAGAUACAGUUAAAAUACCAGUUUCCAAGCAUAAUCGCUGGAGGUCCAUCUCAAAUCUUUCUUUUUUUCUGGACGCUGUGGCAUUUCCGGCGAAGCUUAGAUUCCACCGGAGCUGCUACACUACUUGUUUCUGAAACUCUGAGAUCAUAAAUCUUCUGUCUUGUCUUAUUUCUUUCUGUUCCUCUCCAUUUGAAACUCUUUGAAGUCCGAAUCUUGAAAGCCGUGGUUUUGCCUCUGCUUUUGAACGGUGGAGAGAUUUCUAGGGUUUCCUCACUGAAUAUUUCAGUUAUUCUCGCUCCUUGUUUUCUUUUUCGGGGGGAAUCAUUUUGAAACCAACUGUCUUUUGUUGCGUUCCUCGUAAUAUUGCUGAACUUCUGCUGCUUUGAAAAGUAACCUUGCCGUUUCUAAAAACUCAUUCUUUUAGCUGCUUGGGGCAGUAGGGCAAAGGGGACAAAGUGGGAGCUUUUGUUUAUUUGGACAGCUCUUGAGGAGGCGUUAGUUGUUCUUUUCGAAGAAUAGCUCAGAAAUUUUUCCUGAGGAAGGUGUCUAUUGUUGAAUCAAUCUUUUCAGCUCCGAGAAAGCUCGUAUUCUGUUCUUUUGGUUCUGUAGUGUAGCUCUUCUCGCACCAUAUCUUAGAUUCCCCACUUGGAAGUAGAAUGCGGCGGUCAUUGUCUUGCUUCUGCUUACAUUUACUCAGAAUCGUGCUGUUUGAUCAGUUUUAAUCUCUCUCUCUCUCUCUAAAGCUAGUGAAGUGUCUUUCUCUUGCUGCAAACCCUGUUGGUGGCGUUUCAAGGUUCUUCAGCUUCAGGUUGGGUUUGCGACGAGGUUCUCUGAGGUCUGUAAUGGCAGCUUAAGAUUUUCUCAGCUAACGAUUAAAAUGAGAAAGCUACAUAAGUUCCUACUCUUCCUCGCUCUAGUUCCAGUUUUCGUGAGAUCUGUGGAUCCAAAUCUCAACGAUGACGUUCUUGGGUUGAUUGUCUUCAAGGCCGACGUCAAAGAUCCAGAGUCGAAACUCGUAUCUUGGAACGAAGAUGAUGAUCGUCCCUGCAACUGGGUCGGGGUGAAAUGCAACCCUCGAACCAACAGAGUCUCUGAACUAGUUCUGGAUGGGUUCUCCCUUUCCGGACGGAUCGGACGAGGACUCCUCCGACUGCAAUUUCUCCGCAAAUUGUCCCUCUCAAAGAACGACUUCACGGGGACCAUUAACUUCAGCUUAGCACAGUUUCAGAACAUCCGAAAUGUUGACCUGAGUGAGAACAAUCUCUCUGGGCCAAUACCGAAUGAACUUUUCGGACAAUGUAGCUCUUUAAGAGUAGUUUCGUUUGCCAGGAACAACUUCUCUGGAGAGAUCCCGCAGAGCUUGAGCACGUGUUCCACAUUAACGGCCGUUAACUUCUCCUCAAAUCGACUCUCUGGUUCGUUGCCCUCUGGAAUCUGGUCUUUGAAUGGUCUUCGCUCUCUUGAUUUAUCUGAUAAUUUGCUGGAGGGUGAAAUUCCGAAAGGCAUAGAAGGUUUGUAUAAUUUAAGAGCAAUUAAUUUAGGCAGGAACCAGUUUUCUGGGCAGUUGCCAGAUGGCAUUGGAGGUUGUAUACUCUUGAAAAUGCUUGACUUUGGUGAUAACUCUCUAUCAGGGAGCCUCCCAGAUUCAAUGCAGAAGCUUACCAUGUGUACUUCCUUAAGUCUGCGAGGGAAUUCAUUUGUUGGAGAGGUUCCUACAUGGAUUGGAGAAAUUAGAAACCUUCAAACUUUAGAUCUUUCUGGGAAUAGAUUUUCUGGCCAGAUUCCAGAUUCACUGGGGAAUUUUCAGUCAUUGGAGGUGUUGAAUCUAUCUGGGAACGGGUUUAGUGGGAGCUUGCCAGAGUCAAUGAUCAAUUGCAAAGCCCUUUCUGCUCUGGAUUGUAGCCGGAAUUCUUUAACUGGUAACUUCCCAGCGUGGAUUUCUGGAGUCAAUUUGCAGGUGCCUAGGCUUUCUGAGAAUAGGCUGAGUGGAAAGAUAAAAGAUCCUUCCCCUUCAUCGGUGGAGACUUCCUUUCCAAACCUACAUCUAUUGGAUUUAUCUGACAAUGCAUUUUCUGGUGAAAUUCCUGCUGAUAUUGGGCUUCUUAGCAACGCCCAAUACUUGAAUAUGUCCAGGAACUCUCUGGUUGGUGGUAUUCCGGAGAGCAUAGGUGAAUUGAAGGCCUUAAAUGUUCUUGAUUUGAGUGAGAAUCGACUCAAUGGAAGCAUCCCUUCUUAUAUUGGAGGAGCUGUUUCUUUGAAAGAGUUGAGGUUGGAGAAUAACUUCCUAGCUGGAAAAAUUCCGACCGAGAUUGUGAAGUGCUUGUCUUUAACAUCUCUAAUCCUAUCACGCAAUAACCUUUCGGGCUCUAUUCCAGCGGCCAUAUCAAACCUGACCAACCUUCAGACAGUCGACUUAUCUCUAAACACCCUAACCGGAAUUCUACCAAAGCAGCUUGCCAAUCUCCCUCAUCUUGUCUCAUUCAAUGUCUCCCACAACCAUCUCCAAGGGGAGCUACCUGCUGGUGGCAUCUUCAACACCAUCUCACCCUCUUCCGUCUCUGAUAAUCCAUCCCUAUGUGGCUCUGUAGUCAACCGUUCCUGUCCUGGUGUCCUUCCUAAACCUAUUGUUCUCAACCCCAACUCAUCCACCGACUCCUCUGGCGAUGUCUCCAUCUCCUCAAAUCUCCGUCACAAGAAAAUUAUCCUUAGUAUCUCUGCUCUAAUUGCCAUUGGCGCAGCUGCUCUUAUUGCCCUAGGUGUGAUUGCUGUCACUGUCCUCAAUCUCCGAGUUCAGGCCGCCACCUCCCAUUCUGCUGCAGCCCUUACAUUAUCAGGUGUUGAUGAAUUCAGCCAUUCCCCUACCACUGAUGCCAACUCUGGCAAGCUUGUCAUGUUCUCAGGUGACCCUGACUUUAGCACCGGGGCUCAUGCGUUGCUCAACAAGGAUUGUGAGCUUGGUCGUGGUGGGUUUGGAGCUGUCUACCAGACAUUCCUACGAGAUGGUCGGCCUGUUGCCAUUAAGAAGCUUACUGUCUCAAGCCUUGUCAAAUCCCAAGAAGAUUUUGAGAGGGAAGUUAAGAAGCUUGGGAAGAUCCGGCAUCAAAAUCUUGUGGCACUUGAAGGCUAUUACUGGACUCCAUCACUACAGCUCCUCAUUUAUGAAUUUGUCUCUGGUGGCAGUUUGUAUAAGCAUCUCCAUGAGGGAGCAGGUGGAAACUUCCUCUCAUGGCAUGAGAGGUUUAAUAUAAUUCUUGGGACAGCAAGGAGCUUGGCACACUUGCACCGAAUGAACACAAUUCAUUAUAAUCUGAAAUCAAGCAAUGUAUUGAUUGACAGCUCUGGUGACGCAAAGGUUGGAGAUUUUGGCUUGGCAAGGUUGCUUCCAAUGCUAGACCGUUAUGUUCUAAGCAGCAAGAUACAGAGUGCACUUGGGUACAUGGCACCUGAGUUUGCAUGCCGGACGGUGAAGAUUACCGAGAAAUGCGAUGUUUAUGGUUUUGGGGUCUUGGUACUGGAGGUUGUGACAGGGAAGCGGCCUGUAGAGUACAUGGAGGAUGAUGUGGUGGUUCUUUGUGAUAUGGUCAGAGGAGCAUUGGAGGAAGGCAGGGUGGAGGAGUGUGUGGAUACAAGGCUGGGGGGCAAUUUUCCUGCAGAGGAGGCGAUCCCAGUAAUGAAGCUAGGUUUGGUCUGUACGUCUCAGGUGCCAUCGAACCGGCCAGACAUGGCAGAGGUGGUUAAUAUAUUGGAGCUGAUCAAAUGCCCUUCAGAAGGCCAAGAAGAAUUGGGAUGAAUGGAAGUUGACCCAUUUAUAAUUCUAAAGGAGAGAAGCAGAGUAAGGGUUUGAUUAUUAAGAUUUAAAACAAAAAUGGGUUUUCCGGUGAAGAGGAAUCCGGUUUAUGUUAUCUAAUUUACACAAGAGAAGUAGUAGAAGAAGAAGAAGAAGUAGAAGAAAAGCCAAAUCCACAAAGCCAUAUAUGAAUGUUGUAAUUUUUUUUGGUUCUCUGCCCCA